GUUUAUGUAACCUAUUAAUUGUAUCUACCCCAAGUUCUCUGUGUUGCGUGUCUCUCACCGACAAGCUUGUGGCGCAGUACGUACAGAAACAGUCGGUAGGAUGUCUAAAGACGGCCCACCACGCGAACCGGAGCAACUGAGGAAGCUCUUCAUCGGAGGGCUCAGCUUUGAAACCACAGACGACAGUUUGCGGGAAUAUUUUGAACAAUGGGGCACCUUGACGGAUUGUGUUGUAAUGAAAGAUCCAAACACAAAGCGCUCCAGGGGCUUUGGCUUUGUCACCUAUUCCAGUGGGAACGAAGUUGAUGCUGCUAUGGAUGCACGCCCCCACAAGGUCGACGGUAGACUCGUGGAGCCCAAGCGUGCAGUGUCUCGAGAGGACUCCAAUAAGCCUUUUGCCCAUACAACUGUAAAGAAGAUCUUCGUUGGUGGUAUUAAGGAUGACACUGAAGAGCACCAUCUUCGUGACUACUUCACUGAUUUUGGCAAGAUUGAGGCCAUUGAGAUAAUGGUUGACCACAAGACUGGAAACAAAAGAGGCUUUGCCUUUGUUACAUUUGAUGACCAUGAUUCAGUCGAUCGCAUAGUCAUUCAAAAGUACCACACUGUGAAUGGGCACAACUGUGAAGUCCGAAAAGCCCUGUCAAAACAAGAAAUGCAGAACACCGGAAUGAAUAUGAGGGGUCGUGGUGGGGGAAACUUUGGUGGCGGUGGCAGAUUCAACAAUGGAAAUGGUGGAUACAACAAUGACUUUGGAGGUGGUCGAGAUGGAGGUUUUGGUGGAAGAGGAGGCGGCAGAGGUGGUGGUGGCGGAGGUUAUGGAGGUGACUGCUACAACAAUGGAUUUGGAGGUGAUGGUGGUUAUGGUGGUGGCGGCGGCAGUGGUCCUGGGGGCUAUGGUGGAAACCGUGGAUAUGGAGGAGGUGGUGGAGGCUAUGGCAACCAGGGUGGUGGUUAUGGUGGUGGUGGCGGCAGUGGCUACAACGAUUACAAUAAUGGCAAUGGCAAUUUUGGAGGUGGUAACUUUGGUGGUGGCGGUGGUGGAAGUGGUAACUACAAUGACUUUGGCAGCUACAACAACCAGCAGUCCAACUAUGGCCCUAUGAAGGGAAACUUUGGAGGUGGAAGUGGUGGUGGAAGGAGCAGUGGCCCUUAUGGUGGUGGCUAUGGCGGCGGUGGUAGUGGAGGAUCUGGUGGUGGAUACGGUGGUGGUGGUGGGUCUGGCGGUGGAUAUGGUGGUGGCUCUGGAGGCGGCUCUGGAGGCAGACGGUUUUAAGUUCUAAGAGGACUGAGGGCUUUAGGAGAGGAGAGCAAGAGAGAGGGCAGAUGCAGGUUUACAUCCUAGACCUGCUCCGCCAUACAGGUGUGGCAAGUUACAGCUGCCACCAGAAGAGAUGUGUACAGUAGAGCUAUCAUGUGUGGGACAUCAUGAAUUUUGUCAUCAUGCAGACUUAUUUUAUAUUGUCUAUGGAAAGCAUUCCAUUGAGGUUUUAUGUAGUUACUUUCAGUCGUUAUGGAUUUUGAUUUAUGUAACCAAGGAGAAAUAAACAUCCUCUUUCUGUUUUUUAAAAA